AGUUCUAAAUGGCGGGAGUUUUGUUUAAUGUUUUCUGCACUUCUUCAAGGCUGUGUCUAACAGGACAAGGUUUACGUUGCAUUCGCACAUCGGUAUCAAAGAUCAGCAUUCUCUCACACCUCUGUAUCAAUGUUAAGGACAAAYCUACAGUCAAGUCCUCAGGACUAGCACAGCAGUAUCAAUCAAUAAAGAAAAGUUUUCCUGAUUUUAUCGUKCUGUUYCAAGUUGGUGAUUUCUAUGAGAUAUACAGUGAUGAUGCYRUYAAGGUUUCUGAGAAAACAUCCUUAAGAAUAUCAAAAAACCCAAACGUGAACCGUCUCAUGGCUGGAUUUCCAGUCAGGUCACUCGAUAGCUGGCUCACAACUCUGGUACAACAAGGAUUUCAAGUUGCMGUAUGUCCUCAAAUUCCAGAAAAAACUCCCAAAUCAUCAAGGCUUAUCCAUCGUGAUGUURUCAGACUUGUUACGCCRGGAACAUUACUGGAGCCUCUUCAACCAGAUGCUAACUACCUGCUAAGCAUAACAAAGGGACCAGGGACAUCUGUAGGGMUGGCUUGGAUGGACAUYUCUACUGGGGACUUCCAAAUGGGCACCUCUUCAAUAGAGGACCUUGAACAAGACAUAUCAAGAGUUAACCCAGCAGAGAUUCUAAUGGCGGAAAAUGAUUUUAAAGAACCAAGAAUUCAAGAUAAUUAUAAAAUUGGUCGUGAAAGAAAGAAAUGCACGCUUAACUUUAUACAAGACUACCACCUCACCGUGAUACCGCCUGAAUGGUUCUCGCCAGACAUGGRCGACAUCAAUGUAACUGAAAACACAAAAUUCUCGCGACUAGAAAUGUGCGCAGGCAGGGCGUUGCUAAGAUACGUUGCGUACACACAAAGAGACGUGACACCAUUGUUAAACCAGCCAAUAAGAUACAACCAUGAAACGUACAUGACAAUAGACGUCAACACAAGGCGUUCACUUGAACUCACAAAACCUUUAAUGAGUGUCAAUCAAAAAGCUUCCUUAUUUGGAGUGAUGAAUAACACAUCUACUUCCGCCGGAAGAAGAUUGUUGUUUCAAAGAAUAUGCGCGCCUUCAAAUGAGCUGGAAGUGAUAAGGUCAAGAUUGGAUGCUGUGGACUGUUUUUAUAAAAAUAGACAUGUUACAGAGACAAUUCAUAAGGAACUAAGACGAUGCUCUGAUGUUGAACGCAGRCUGCARAAGAUUGUCUGCGAAAGCACCAUAACCUUGAAAUUUUACAAAAACGACCUUUCUUCACUUUGA